CUUAUUCCUAAACAGAAAAAGAGAACGAAAGAAAAGCGAGAGAAACGCUCGGGAAAAGGGAGAAAACGAGAGAGAGAGAGAGCGUCGACAGAAGAUCCUCGCCGGACGACCAGUACUACCGCCGAAGCCUCCGCCUUCGCCAUCCACGACGCGGUCAACCCGCCACCGUCGCCGCCACAACCGUUCCGAGCCGGGCAGAGCAGGAAUCGAGACAGACAGAGCCAUUGUCGUUGCCAGCGUCGAUCCGAGCAGCGCCGUUGCCGAUCGAAGAGUCCUCCAUCGCCGCUGCCGCCGCCGGUCGAGGAACACAGAUCGGGAAAAAUGGAGGAAAAAAAAGGAAAUUCUGCUGCUGCUACUGCUGAGAGGAAGUUGGUAUGGAUGGGAUGGACGCUUGAACUCAACUCCAGAUUCAUGGAUGCCAUCAUAAACCUAAGCGGCAUUCAGAACUCAGAUGCUGCGCCAAGUCAAAUUUUGGAGCUCAUGAAUGUGCCGGAAUUAACUGAGGAAAAUGUUGCAAGCCAUUUGCAGAAAUAUCGGAAACUCAAGACAACCUUUCCAAAAAGGAACACAACCUUUCCAAAAAGGAACAACAAACUUGCCGGACGUGAUAAGCAAUACAAUAUCCAACAACCGUGAACUAGAUGCUUCGUCAUCCUGUAGUAGCUAUAUAUAAUUGAUACGACCAUGAUGUAUCGUCAUGGGAUGAUGAAUCAAUGUUUUACUCAAAAAAUCGUCCAUACUAGAAUUCCAGCUCAGGGGGAGCCAUUUGUGGAAGGGGUUGAGUUAUGACUCGUGCUGCUUAAGAUCUAGUACUAUGCACCAACCACAAUAAUAAUGUUUAAUUUGUUGGAUAUUUAUAUAGUAAAUGUGUGUUUGAAGUUUGAAAGUUUCAAAUAUGUUACUAAAUUUUAAUAGUAGUUGGGAGGUGUGAAGUUAAAUACUCCCUCUGUCUCAUUUUACCAAUCCUAUUUACUAUUCAUUGGUCAAA